GUCUUGGUUGUUGCACCCAGUCAAGCUUUGAGGCAUCUCCACAUCUCCACCGAAGCUUGCCCUUAGUGCCGUCGCUCUCACAAUUUCAUUCGGGAUCUCACCCCACAAACUAAUUUGCAUUUUUAAACCAUGAUCAACACGACCAAUAAAGACGAGACAGAGAUGAUGUUCUCCUGGGAGGACUUCAGAGAAGAGAGGUUGAAGAGUGACAAGGAGGAAAAGCGACGCAGAAGACAAUCCAAAACAAAGGGGUCGAAAGAGAAGAAACACUCGAAAAAGAAACAUGUGAUUAUUACGCCCGAAAACAAGCCUCGUGGCGGCGGUGGCGGCGGCGACGCGUUUUACAAGUUGUUGGAUGCCUCCGACAGGACCGACCCAACCUUGGCGGAAUCCGCUUCGACACUUAGUUCCUUGCCAGAAGAUCUGAAUGGCAGUUCCUUCUUGGGCCAGUUUCUUGACGAUGAUGCCCAAGAAGACGAAGCAAGCAACAACAUGUAUGCUGCAGGCCUUGACGAAGACAACAUCUUUGACCACGUAGUCUUGGCGGCACCAGAGCUGGAUUCAGCAAUCUUGGAGUUUGAACGAAAGACAGGGGUCAGACCAAUCAAGACAGGGCACAUUAAUGGAUUGGGGAUUACAAAGGCACGGGUGGCAUUCCAUGGUUCUUCCUUUUUGGAAAUCAUUGCUCCGGAUGACAAACCGGGUCCCACUGGGGACUUGUUGCGGUCUGCUGGGAUCACGGGGUUGACGCCGUUUCAUUGGGCCAUUCGCAACUCGGGUGCUGAAGCUCUCGUUUCCCAGGCCAAGUCUCUGGGAUACACGCCGGACUUUAUCUCAAUGAAGGGCCCGGGCAAAGAUGGUUCCUGCAAGCAAUGGGAGGAGUUGUAUCUCUACGGACAUUCGCUGGGUGGCGUUUGUCCCUUCUUCAUCAACUGGGACACAUUUGAUCAUCCCUGUGAGACAUUGCCCGCGGUUGGCAAUCUCCUCGAGGUCAGCGUCGCUGCCCCAGCGGAUGAUGUUGUGCACAAACUAAUCGAACGCACCAGCCCGAAAGGGUUCAUGUUGUCGGAGACUGCCGAAUCUCACUUUCGAAUCAAAUUUGAUAGUCCCAAGGGAGAGGUUACCUUUGCGGCGGAUGAGAUGACUGGAUUCAAGAUUCCAGGAUUUGGUGAUGCGGUUCCUGCCAAGAAGAGUAAACCAGCCGCCCCUGUAGUCAAGGCACCUUCCGCUGACAACAAGGCAUCGGCCGUGGAAAAACCUUCUGCUGAUCAUACAGAGGCAACCCCUGCCAAAAAAAGCAAACCAUCCACCAAGGUUGAAAAGAAGCCUUCGGUGGCCAAGCCUUCUGCCCCGGUCAAGAAGAGCCCACCUGUGGUCAAGAAAGAGCAAGAAGAAAAAGCCAAAGAAAAAGUGACUCUCCCGAAGAAGAAAGAAGAACCGUCGUCGCCGAGACAGCCAAAGAAGGAAGAGCCAAAGAGGCGACAGCCCAAGACAAAGCGCCUGUCCAAGAAAGCUCCGGCUGCAGUCGCCCGAGAGCCAACGAAGCAGAAAGCCGUGGCCACAACCAACAAGGCCCCGAACGUUCAACAGAGACGAGUCAGCUGCCCAACAUCCCCACCCAGGCCAAGUCGACCCAUCAUGUCCGGACGAAGCGAUCGUCUCUCUGGUUUGAAGGAUCUACACAGUCUCAACAACAGACGGCUGCAGUCCGACCGACCGGGUGCUGGCGGGAUUACGUCGUUGCUGGGGGACCUGGAAGGUCUCUCGGAACACAGCUCCAUUGCCGGUGUAUUGGAAGAGGAGCCAAAACCACAAGAGCGAUUUGUACGAAGCAGCUUUGUGGAGGAGCCAACCACAGUAGAGGAGGAUGAGGACGCCGACGACGGCAUCUCUGCAGAUUCGUCAUCAGAUGAUGAGUGGACGGAAUCCGUUUUGAUGUACCCCGUUUAUUAAUAAGCAGACGACACCCAGCGGUGGGCGUUGGAAGCAGUUCGAAGAUCACAGGAACCCGCAAACCAUACUAUAGACUUUAGACCACAUCAUUGAUAAUAAACCGUUUAGGUGCAUCAUUUGUU